UUUACAUUAUUGAUGUCUAUUUAUAUAUGUUUGUUGAGUUUAUUCUAGUGUUUAUGCAGGUGAAGAAAAUUUGGGUUCGUUUUCGUCCUGAUGGAGAGCAAGAAUACAAUAUCUAAUGCUAAAGAUCAGCUUCCCACUUCUAACUAUGAUGAAGUUCUCUUGAGGCAUAGUUUGCUCUUUUCCGAUGGGCUAAAGGACUUGAGAAAUGUAAGAGAACAGUUGUACUCAGCUGCAGAGCAUUUUGAAGAUUCUUACAAGAAUGAUCAGAAACAAAUGUUGUUGGAGAGCUUAAAAGACUACAUCUCCAAAUCCCUGAUUAAAACCGUGGACCACUUGGGUUCGGUGACACACAAAGUUAACAAGUUCUUAGAUGAACAUGUCAAUGAUGUAUCCGAAACAAAGCUUCGACUGGCAUGCAUGGAACAGAGCUUACAAACAUGCCAAGAAUAUGCCAACCAUGGUGGACUAUCACAAAAAUCACUGAUGGUGCAGACACUAAAAUACCAUAAGCAUUAUCCUGUCCAAGAGGCUUGCAUUACUGAAGAUAUUAAAGCAGAAAAAGAAAUGAUCCAGUCAUCAGGUUUAAGAAAAGAGGAUUCUGAACAACCUCCUUCUGAGUUCCCAGUUGCUUUUUCAUUUGCAAAGGCUGCAUCACACCAAACAAAGGCAAAACGAUCACGGUCAAUGUCACCACUACGCUUCCCUAUUAAACGAUCUGGGUCAACUGCAAAUCAAUCCACUUGUCCAAGCUUUUCUGUCAAGCUUUCUGCAUCCUCAAAUCAUCGAUCCAUCAGUCCAUGCUCUUCCACUAGCAGGCAACAAGUAAGCCAUACUAUUUCAGUUUUCUGCAAUAGCCAGAAACCAACUGUAGAUUGGAGAUCUCAAUCCGUGUGCCCACAAAGACAAAGCCCAAAAGCUAUGCAAGUCUACUCUAAGAAAACCAGAAACCUUUUCAAAGCCUUGCUUAGCAUGUACAAGUCAAAGAAAAAUAUUAUAUAAUUCAGCCACGAAGAAGUCGUUACUUUCUGGUAGGAUGCUUUCCAGGAAAUGAUUGCCUUGAAUGGUUUUUCCUUGAUCUAAAAGAUAGAAUAUUUCUUACAUAUUACUCGUAUCAUGUAAAGCACAGUACUGCUAUAUCCUAGAAAUAACAUAGCGAAAGCAAUUACAGUC